UUCAGAUGUUGCUUCGCAUUUGCAUGAACCGGGGGCGUUGUUGUCGUGCUAUCUAUCCAUCCUUAACUGACUGCAACCCCAACGAAAGUGAAAUUUGCGUACUUUAAGUAAAGCAAAAAAAAAAGAAAUAUAAUUUCACUUGAAGAAAAUGGCAAGUGUUUUAAGUGCAUUUGUUCUGGUGCUGUGCCUGAGCGCGACUUUGGCUGCUGAUGAGGGUCUCGGCUUGCCAAACAUUGAGUUUAAGCCCAUCACAAAAUUGGCCGACGAUAUACCGACGUGCCAGCAAUCGGACAGCAACAUUAAUGAAUGCAUCAAACAGGGCUUUCAGCAGCUGACGCCACGCCUUAAAAACGGCAUCAGCGAUCUGAACAUACCGCCCAUGGAUCCCUUUGAGCUGGGCAAAAGCUCCUACAAUUACAAUUCGGGCAUGCUGCAGGGCCGGAUUGCCAUGAGAAAUGUGGCGGUUCAUGGCCUCAGCGAGGGCAUCGUUGACAAGGUGGACUACCGUCAAAAGAACAAUCGCGUACGCAUGGAGAUGAUCAGCCAUGUGCCCCAAAUGCUAGCGGAGGGCGCCUACAAGGCGGACAUAAAACUAAACGACAUGAAGAUAACUCCAAAAGGCACCUUCAACGUAACGCUGCGCGACGUCAGCAUGAAAACGCGCGCCAUGGGCGAACUAUACGAGCGCGACGGUCACACCUAUCUGCGUCUGACGAAGCUCGAGUCGGAGCCCAAAGUGGGCGACAUGCGCAUCUAUGCCAAUGGCCUGGUGCCCGACCCAGUGCUAAACGAUGUCAUAUUGGAUUUCAUCAAUCAAUAUUGGCGCCAGCUGUAUCAAGCUAUGCUACCUGAAACAAUGGCCAUUUGGGAGCCUCACAUGCUCAAACUGGCCAAUGAGUUCUUUGCUGCUCUACCCUUCGACUUGAUUGUCACCCAGGAUUAGCUUUGGGGGCGUCUCUAUGUGGUAGUCUCUAUGCAAUCCUAGUACGGUUAUGUGCUUUAUUCAUGGUGUUAAUUUAGUUUAUAUUCAAAUAAAAUACAAGUGAAA